CUUUUCUCCUCUAGGAAACUUCGUGGAAGCUCCCUCAGAGUGAAGAAUGGACUUGCCACUCCUCCCAUUUAACCCCUCCACCUUCCUCCCUCUUUCCCAUCACAUAACAACCCAUUCAUUCAUUCUUCUUCAUCUUCUUCUUCAUUCCCCACUCUCUCUUCAACCACCACCACCAUUGUUCCAAUGAAGUUCAUCAACAUCAACCCCAAAACCCUCAAACUCAGCCCCAAACGCCUCUUCCGAUCUUCCAAAAAGGACCACCUCUCCAGAUCCGACCCACCCUCUUUCUCCUCCUCCUCCGAGGACUUCUCCACCUCCUCCACCCACAACAAACCCAUCAACGGCGGCGGCUUAGGGACCCCCACCAGCGUCCUCCCAGACGACUGGUCCGCCGUCGACGUGCGCUGGGCCUUCCGCCUCAUCGACCGCGACAACGACGGCGUCGUGUCGCGGGCCGAUCUCGUCGCGGUGCUCACGCGCCUCGGCGCGUUGCAGCUUAGCGAUGAAGAGGUAGAGGUUAUGCUCCGUGAGGUUGACGGCGACGGGAGGGGUAGUAUCAGCGUGGAGGCGCUGAUGGAGCGGGUUGGACCCGGGUCGGACCCGGAAACGGAGCUGAGAGAGGCGUUUGAGGUUUUCGACACGGAUCGCGACGGGAGAAUCUCGGCGGAGGAGCUGUUGAGGGUGUUCACGGCGAUCGGCGAUGAGCGGUGCACGUUAGACGAGUGCCGGCGCAUGAUAGAAGGUGUUGAUAGGAACGGGGAUGGGUUCGUGUGCUUCGAGGACUUUUCGCGUAUGAUGGAGUUGCAGCGGUGAUGAUAAUCAAGAUGGACGGUGGAGAUUGUGGUGAUGAUGGAUGAUGAUGCCAUGUGAUGAUCAUGAUCAUGAUAGUGAUAAUUCCAAAUAUAAAUAUGUGAAGGAAGGAAGAUAAAAACUUCUUUGAUUAUUUUCUCUUUGUUCAUGAAUUUGAUAAAAUCUACGUUUGUUAUUAAUUUUUUUUUCUGAUCUGGGUGUAUAAUUUUCAAGGUGAUAGUGACAUCCACGAAGAAAAGGGGUUAUUUCAAUAAUACGAUUCCCAAAUCCGUAUA